CUAGCCGGUUUAUAUCAGUUUUUGAUCUGACAGAAAAAAAUUCCCAAUCAAAUAGAAACGAUAAGCUAAUGGACGAUCACGAUUCCGCCUAUUACCUAAGAUCGAAAAAACGAAAAGUUGACGAUGGUGAGGAGGCCACUUGUUCGUAUUCUAACAAAAAUCCCUUCAAACGAAAAAACCCAAUAAUGCUGAUGCCCCUAGAGAUUCUCCAGAACGUCUUUAAAUUCAUAACGUACCAAGAACUCAGUGAGAAAGUGAGAAAAGUCAAUCGCAAGUUCAAGCUAGCAGCUGAAGAUUUAUUAAACAAGACAUUUAAGAGCUUGGCGAAGAAAUUACAGCACUUAACAGCCACCACUUUCAAGGCGAUUGAGGCCACUCAAGACGAUAUGGAAAUUAAGUGUUUAUGCCGACUAUUAAAUUUAUUAGACAUAAUUAAUUUUCAACAAACUGUGAUAAUGGCCACUAUAUGGCGUUACGUCUACAACGAAUUUUAUCGAACUCCGAAAAGUUGCAUGUAUGGAGGUUUAAUUUUAGAUCUUUUUGAACACUUUCUUUACAAAUUUACGACAAAACCGUAUCAAAUUUACGGCCCCGCCGUUGUAAAAGACUACGCUUUACCAGAGGACGUAAAACACAUCAUACAUUUAACAAAAAACUUUUGCAUCCACUUUGACAAAGUGAGCGAAGAACCGAUUAAAAAUGCAUUGAGUGUUAGUGGUUGUAAAAUUGUCGAUCUUCUCGACUGCGCAACAUACGCCUCGAAAAAUGUGAUUUUUGAACGAAUAACUGGUAAUACUUUCUCGGCCAAGUAUUGUUAUUACCUUCAAAAUGCUUGGUUUGUGGCAUUUGGGAUACCGCCAGAUAAAGAAAUGUCCCUAAAACAGAAGCAGCGUAUGAUGCAUAUGAGAAUUAGGAGAAUUAUCCUGGCACAUACUGAAAUGUUCAUGCAACAGAACCACUACGAAAGAGAAACUUUAGUGAGAGCUAAUCCAAUCAUUAAGAAACCAAGUGUUGUUGUCUACACUGGAUAUGGUGACGUGCAUGAUACUUUUUUCUGCUAUGGGGCCAUGAACGAUGCUGCAUAUCUGCAAAAGUUUCAUUUGCACGAAGAUCAGCAAGACGAAGAUGUGGAGGAUGAACUACACAAUGAUGAAGUAAUGCCAAAUCCUGAAGGUGUGGAUCAACAAGACGAAUUCUUUCUUAUUCCUCACUUGGGCUUAGACAUCGACAUCCGAAUUGAUUGUCCGUUAGCUUAUGCUCCUUAUAAAUACAUAAUCGAUAAUGAGGAAAUGAUCAGAGACGAGGAAAAAUCAUCCAAUGGAAUGUUUAAUCUUUGUAUCCAAUUUAAUUUUCCUGGUGCACAUUAUCCAAGAUUACCUACUGCAUAUAGUUAUCACAAGAGGAUAUCCACACGACAGUAUUAAUUUUUAGUAUUUAGAAAAUAUCGCCGUUUUUUGGUCAUCUUUAUAUCAUUUUUAGCAUACCCUGUAUACAGGUUGAAUAAUUAAAACAUGUCAUUUUUAAGAAA